CAAGUUCAAUAAUAAAUAAAACAAAAGUGUUAUAACUUGCAUCAAGUUCAAUAAUAAAUAAAAAAAAAUGUAAGAACUUGCAUCAAGUUCAAUAAUAAAUCAAAUAACUUGCAUCAAGUUCAAUAAUAAAUCAAAUAACUUGCAUCAAGUUCAAUAAUAAAUAAAAUAAAAGUGCCACUUUGCAAUCUUUGCAAAAAAAAAAAGGAGGAGCUAUGCAUUUGGCAAGACAGGGCAAGUGACAGCACUUUGCCCCAGGAGAGCCACCUUGCUUCACUGUGAAACAGCACGGCUGUAUGAUCAGCCCCCAUUUCCUCACACAGUGCAGAGAACAGUCGCACUUUCAGUGGUCGUGUUUUGAUCAAAUUUACCGCGCUCACAACAUCUGUUAAAACCUCAUUGAGUUCGGGGCUGAGCUGCCUUGACGCGAGUGCUUCCCGGUGAAUGACACAGUGUGUGCCCGUCAGAUUUUUGUUUCUCUGCAGGCGCUGGCUCUGGCUCAACGACCUUUGAGGUGCGAGUCACAAAUGAAUAUAUUUGUGUAAUUGUGGUCCACACAUUAGCCUGCUACCCAUCUGCGCGAAAGUUUGUUCCGCUUAGCCCUGCCCCCAUUAGUUACUGUUGCUAUGGCUGUCAAACUUUCGCUCGUACCGAGAAAUAUAAAGCCUACAGUAAAAAUGAGUACCGGUAAUUUCCAUUUAUUUAUAUAGCGGAUUUCACAGACAGAAUCACAAAGUGAUUUACAGUGUGUAUAGAAAAUGAAAGCAUAGUAAAAAAAAAUAAUCUAAGAAUAUAAUAAUUAAAAAUACAAUUUAAAGUGAAAUUUCCUCCCGUUCCUCGCGCCCCACCUGUCAUGUCUCUAUUCCCCACCAGUGGGGCGCGCCCCACACUUUGAGAAACGCUGGUUUACAUGUAUAACUUUCUAGGACGUGUUUUAUGCCACUUCUUUUUCUGUCUCAUUUUGUCCACCAAACUUUUAACGUUGUGCAUGAAUGCACAAAGGUGAGUUGUGUUGAUGUUAUUGACUUGUGUGGAGUGCUAAUCGGGCAUAUUUGGUCACUGCAUGACUGCAAGCUAAUCGAUGCUAACAUGCUAUUUAGGCUAGCUAUAUGUACACAUUGCAUCAAUAUGCCUCAUUUGUAGAUAUAUUUGAGGUCAUUUAGUUUCCUUUAAGUCCUCUUAUUUCAAUUUAUAUCUCAUGACACACUAUCUGUAUGUAAUAUGGCUUUUAAUUUUUUUUGCUGCUCCAGACCGAUUUGUUUUUGUAUUUUUGGUCCAAUAUGGCUCUUUCAACAUUUUGGGUUGCCGACCCCUGGUAUAUACCAAUGUGAAAUUUCCGUACUUAUUUAUUAUGUGCUCAUUGAAUUCGCUUACGUUAUCUACAUUCUUUUUUUUUUUUUUUUUUUUAAUAAGUGCCAAUCUAUUUCUGGCCUUACCAGCAUACAGUACAUGGAACUAUCACUGGGUAAGCCACCGUUGGGCUUGUCUUUGUAUCAAAUAUUCCAAUUUCUCUAGCCGCGUUAUUGCAUAUUUCCCUGAACAUAACCCUUUGACUCCUCCCACUCUCCCAGCACUCCUCCAGCACAACCAUAGUUGAGUGUGAAUCAUCAUGUCCCUGCAGACGUGUCCAAUAUUUCUUUAUUAAUGUUUCAGAUAUUUAAUGGCAUUUGUCCCAUCUCCACUAGAAGUGCUGACACUGGUGAAGUUUUAAAAGCACCAUUGCACACUCUUAACGCUUGCGCUUGCACAACAUCCAACUUUUUGAUUAAUGAUUUUGCUGCUGAACAAUAGUCUUUGUUUUCUCCACUGAAAAUCGGAAUCCCCAAUUAUUCCCCCCACUCCACCACCUCAUCAAUCGCUCUUUGCAUUUUCAAAACAUGUCCCAUAUUUCUUCCCCUCUUCCACAAAGCCCCAUCAUUAGCAAACAGUGACCUCCCUAUAUCUUGUGGUAUUUAAACAAAUAUAUCAUUGUUCAUAAUAUUAAACAGCAGUGGACUUAUAACACUACCUUGUGGUGUCCCAUUUCUCACCUCAUGUUGUCUGGACGGAUCCUGAUUAAUUUGUACCUGCAUUUUCUUUUUUCCAUAAUCAUCGAAGUGAGUAUGACAAUCCUCCUGGUAGGUGGCAUCCCUUUAUGGAGGAUGCCUGUGCGUGACUUUGUUUAACGUGGGGAGACUGGUGCACAGACAGUCACCACACGAUCCUUGACAGAUCCGGGUCAGGGUCCAGUGGCAUGGAGUCCAAGACGACUGGGGACCCUUUUCUACUGCAGCCUUCAUCCGCCAUCCCAGCCGUUGUGACGCUCUAUAGGGUUAGCAAUCAUCCUCCGCCUGUUCCAUCGUUAAGGUCUUGGGUUGUUAUUUCCCCAUAACUGGGCCCACAUGGAUAUGGGGGGGCCUUCUUCCGCCAUAGCAGCCGUUGUGGUGGUUCUUACAUCUACCGUCUUCCGCCUGCUCCGCCGUUGAGGUCUUCACCGUAUCCCUGGCUAGGGGACAGUCAGGUAUACUAGGCCAUUGCCAAGGGCCACCUGGGGUCACAGUAGUCAAGGGGUUCACCUCCUAGUGCCCCAAGACCCCUUAGAGGAGCCUCCACUGCCAGAUGCACUUUAACAUCAUGCCCAGGACAAAUGUUUUCCAUAACCCCAUUCACAAAGCAGUCAGAUGUUUAUCUCCCACACCUCUCCAUGUUUUUCCACGUCCUCUUACUGCUGAAGAUUCAGCCAUCCCUUCCACUCCUCUCCUACUGUCUAUCCACAUCGUGCAAAAGUUUAUACUUGAUGUUUGUUUGUAGUUUCAUCAUCAUCAUCAAUCUUUAUUGAAGACUUUAAGAUCCAUUAAACAUAUAAAAACACAAUACAAAACAUUAAAAACAAAACAAUAAAACAUUAAAAACCAAACAAUAAAACUAAAGCCCAAAUGUCAGUUUCUGACAUACAAAGUUUGUUAGUCUCUCCGUCUCCAACUGUCCGCCUCCCUAGCCGCGAAGAAAAACGGAUGUGACGUCAUAUGCAACACUCCUAUAGUGCAAAAUAAGCAAAAAUAAAACAAACAAAAAUUAUGAUUGGUUAAAUGUCCAUCCAUACAUCCAUUUUCUACCGCUUGUCACUUUAGGGGUUGCGGGGGGUACUGGAGCCUAUCUCAGCUGCAUUCGGGCGGGAGGCGGGGUACACCCUGGACAAGUCGCCACUUCAUCGCAGGGCCAACACAGAUAGACAGACAACAUUCACACUCACAUUCACACACUAGGGCCAAUUUAGUGUUGCCAAUCAUCCUAUCCCCAGGUGCAUGUCUUUGGAAGUGGGAGGAAGCCAGAGUACCCGGAGGGAACCCACGCAGUCACAGGGAGAACAUGCAAACUCUACACAGAAAGAUCCCGAGCCUGGGAUUGAACUCAGGACUACUCAGGACCUUUGUAUUGUGAGGCACAUGCACUAACCCCUGUUGCACCGUGCAUAAUUGUCAUUCAUUUUAAUUUGGCUUGUGUCCAUAGGUGACAUUACAUAACAUCAAGUGGUUACAUUGAUUUGCACAAUUCACACAUAUCUGAAACAGAGUACAAUUUAACAAUGUAUACAAAUACUAUAGUACAAGAAAAUGCAAUCAACAACAAAUACAGUAAGCAAAAUAAAAUCACUAAAGCAGUGAUUCUGAAACUGUGGCACGUGGACUUUUAUCUAGUAGUACACUAAAGAAGUCUGUAAAUAUGUAUUGUAUAUGCAAUAUCAUUGUUGAUGAUGUUUGUGCAUUGUGUGUGGCCAAAAUAGUACAAAUGCAUGUUAAAUAAAACGUAUGCCUUGUUUUUAAUGAAUACUUUGGCCUACUACACUACUGUAUUUUAAUGUUGUUAAUUUUGGUGUUUUUUGUUGAGGUUGUACUUGGUGAAAACAUUUCGAGUAUCAUAAAAAGUAAUUGAAUAAUAAGUAAACACAUACAAAUACGACAACUGGCUAUCAUUCAAAUCAUUUCACGUAUGCCACAGAAGCCAUCCUGUGUGUGUAAACAAUAUGUAAACACUAUUAACAAAACACACACACACACACCGAUAUUUUAGAAAAUAAACAGCUGAAAAAUAUCGAUCUCAUCAUACUAGUAUCGAUCUAAUCCUGAUAUUACCCUUGGUAUUGAUCGAUAUUUGGAUCGAUCCGCCCACCCUUACUGUACAGUUUGUUCCUUCUAGUUGAGCUGAGCCAAGGUGUUUACAUUUGGCACCGCAGUAGUGUAGUAUUCUACUACUGUGGGCUUUCCCUUUGGCACCUCAAACAAGCAUUUUCUAAAAGGUUGCCAGAAUUACAAAGUCGUUUAAAAAAAAAAAAUACACGCCAACAAAUGGCUGAAACACACCCCAACAUACUAUUUUCCCGUCACAUUUGACCUCUUGGCUGCAGUACCCUCAGUUAGCGCUUAGCUAGCAACUAGCUUCAAAGCUAACGUCAAGUUAGCGUUGGAGCCGUGCGAAUGAUAACGUUCACAGUGAGACACAACGUCAACCUGAGACGUGUAACGCGCGAAAAAUAAAAAAACACUUUUCGCCUUUCAUGCGGACUUUUUCUUGGAGAGAAUUGACCGGUGGUGCCCGAGUCCACCACCAUGUUGCCGCCGAGCACAAGCCGCCUGCUCCUGGGAAAAGGACUCGCGUUACUCCGUGACUCCUUCCACUCGCCUACUGGUAAGAGACUGCGGGUGUUGGUUGACAUGGACGGCGUCCUGGCCGACUUUGAGGGCGGGUUCUUGAGUAAAUACCGGGCGAGGUAUCCGGAUGAGCCCUACAUCUCCCUGGAGGACAGGAGAGGGUUCUGGGUGUCCACCCAGUAUGGAAGACUCAGGAGUGAUCUUUCUGAGAAAGCCAUCAGUAUAUGGGAGUCCAAGGACUUCUUUAUAGACCUGGAGCCCCUCCCAGGCGGCGUUGAAGCACUGAAGCAGAUGUCCAACAUGGACAAUACAGACGUCUUUAUCUGCACCAGCCCUAUCAAGCAUUUCAAGCACUGCCCUUAUGAAAAGUAUGCGUGGGUAGAAAAGCAUUUGGGACAAGAAUUCCUGGAGCAGGUUAUCCUGACCAGAGACAAGACGGUGGUCAGCGGAGACAUCCUUAUAGACGAUAAGCCUGACAUUUUAGGUGUGGAGCCCAAACCCACGUGGGAUCACGUUUUGUUCACCGCCUGUCACAACAAGCACCUUUCUGUCAGUCCUCCGCAGAGGCGCCUUCAGUCGUGGUCUGAUGACUGGCAGGCCAUCCUGGAGGGCAAAAGAAAGUGACGUACGGCUUCAGUUACAAGCUAAGGCAUCCCAAAUGCAAUUAAGAUCACAUCACCAGCUGUAUUGCCUUUUAUUCGGCUGCAGGUGCUCAUAGAGGAAAUCAUUCACUGAUCCAAAGAAACACUUGACGGUAAAUCCAGAAGUCAAACAAACCACUCUAGUUGAGGUGUCUUAGCCUUAUUUGACCACAAGGAGGCGCUGUGAGACUGAAGCAUGUUUUGAUCCCAAACAAAGUGCAGACUGAACCUAAUGUUAGCUGUAAAUGUGAAAUGUAUCCUCUCAUUGGCACACGUGUGUUCAAUUUCAACUGAUUUUACUUUUUGUGCAUAGGUGCGUAAAUGAGCCAACAAACACUUCCUCUCCACACUCGAUUAGUCACCAAUGGUUGCCUACCAUUUACAGACCAGAUACUGUACGUGCAAUACUGGGCAAUUAGAUAACUAGAAUUAGGUGUGAUAUAGUCAGUGUUCAAAUAGGUUUUUCUUUAAAAAAAAAAAAAAAAAAAAAAA